UACAGGCUAGCAGAACGUGGCAGAGCCCUAGAUCUAUAUAAACGCGCACCGCCCGUUCCUUCAGCUCCAUAUAUCACCAGCAAGAGCAUCAGCAUAUCUUUCGAAACAACACAUACCAUGGCAAGCAUAGUCUCUACCAGCUACAACCUGCGCUACUUCAACUUUCCUGGGCUUGCCGAGACCAUCCGUCUUCUGCUGUGCUCUAUCGGUGCUCAAUGGACCGAAGAGCACCCUGAGUGGCCAGAGAAGAAGGGUGAGCAGCCGUUUGGGCACUUGCCCGUUCUUGUCGAGAAGGAUUCAGGCGGACAAGUGCUAUUCACUCUUUCUGAGUCGCUUGUCAUCGAGCGCUACCUCUUGCGCAAGCACAGCCUAGUCCCGUCCGACCCCGAGCUCGCUGCUCGCCAGGAGCAGCUGCGAGACCAACUCUAUGAUGCCAUGGUCGCUAUGAGCUAUGCGAUGCACGCUGGUGGAGAGUCUGCGCAUAUUGUGGUGCGCAGGUGUACCGAGAUUCUCGAAAACUUGGGUCAGGUCCAUGGCAAGGCGCUGCGUGACAACGGCAGCAAUGGCCACCUUUUCGGCGACAAGACCACAUACCCUGAUCUUGCGCUUUAUGCGUUCAUCAGACACAUCCGUGCUGAAUCGGCGAAGGAGGAGUCGGCUGAGAUUGCUGCCCACUUUGAUUCGGAGGCGGCACCCGAGUUCAAGAAGCUUGUGGCAGUUGUUGAAGCGGACCCGGCUCUGCAGAGCUAUUUUGAGAUACAGGAGAAGAUUGGAAAGAGCUAGUUCUGUUUACACGUUUGGCAAUAAGACCUUGGCUUUGCUGG